AUGGCUGGUGUUAUUGCACUGCCUUCAAGUGACAUGCUGCCCAGAAGAUGGUCAGCCCAUGAACUUGUGGAUGUGUAUACAAAUUCUCCCUUUGUCGAUGCUAACACUGUACAUGGUGUAAAAGAAGGCGUACUGCAAGACUCCAUUGAACCUUACGGCCCAAUGGACUAUCCUGAUAAUGGUACUAAGCAGACUAUGCUGUCUGCUCAACCAAUCAUGCAGAAGAAACUGAUACAAUGCCUUCUGACAACACAUGCGGAUUGGCCAUAUGAGCAGUUGGAUCAGCCAGUAGCUCAAGGCAUACAGGACCAAGUCUUCAUAACUGUGGAUGCUAAUUCAAUCCAUGCUCUUGACCCAGUGGAUUUUCCUGCACUCAAUGAACAACUGUUCAUGCCAAGUUCUCUUUUUCUUCAGUAUGAUGCUGCUCCUCUCCAGCAUACUGUGGUUAUAUGCCUUCGACCAACUCCAUCAAUGGUAAUAUAUCAGUCUGGUUCCACUUUGCUGCCUGCUAGUGCAGGCUUGACCAACAGCCAAGAUUCCACCAUGGAAGGCACUGCAGCUGAAACGAGGACCACGACCAACUCCUCACAGCAGCAUUCAACACAGUUGCAGCAGGCAACACAGCAGUCAAGGAAGAAAAGGCCAGAAGAUUUCAAAUUUGGCAAAAUUCUUGGAGAGGGCUCUUUUUCUACAGUUGUUUUAGCCCGUGAAUUUUCAACUGGGAAGGAGUAUGCUAUCAAAAUUCUUGAGAAACGACACAUCUUAAAAGAGAACAAGGCACAAUAUGUCACAAGGGAAAGAGAUGUCAUGUCAAGUCUGGAUCACCCAUUCUUUGUAAAACUAUAUUUUACAUUUCAAGAUGAAGAAAAGCUCUAUUUUGGUCUCAGUUAUGCCAAAAACGGUGAAUUGCUGAAGUACAUUCGAAAAAUAGGCUCAUUUGAUGAAACGUGCACAAGAUUUUAUGCUGCUGAAAUUUUAGUAGCGUUAGAAUAUUUACAUAGUAAGGGGAUUAUUCACAGGGACCUUAAACCAGAAAACAUUUUAUUGAAUGAAGACAUGCACAUUCGAAUUACAGAUUUUGGAACUGCAAAAGUACUAUCUUCAGACUCUAAACAAGCAAGGGCAAAUUCUUUUGUUGGGACAGCACAGUAUGUUUCCCCUGAGCUGCUAACAGAAAGAUCAGCUUGCAAAAGCUCUGAUCUUUGGGCCCUUGGAUGUAUAAUAUACCAACUAGUAGCUGGAUUACCACCUUUCAGAGCAGGAAAUGAAUACCUCAUAUUUCAAAAAAUCAUCAAGCUGGAGUAUGAAUUCCCAGAGAAAUUUUUCCCAAAGGCAAAGGAUCUGGUAGAAAAACUUCUGGUGGUUGAUGCUGCAAAACGAUUAGGCUGUGAUGAAAUGGGAGGUUAUGAGCCCCUUAAAUCACAUCCUUUCUUUGAUUCUAUCAUGUGGGAAGGGCUUCCUUAUCAGAUACCACCAAAACUCACGGCAUAUUUACCAGCCAUGUCAGAAGAUGACGAAGAUUGCUAUGGAAAUUAUGACGAUCUUCUGAGUCAGUUUGGUGGUAUGCAUGUUACCUCAUCAAACUCCUCUGAGCCUCUGUCUGAAAUCAACCCACACCAAAGAUCGGGUAGCAACAUCGAUCAAUAUAUUCAUGACCUGGACAAUAAUUCAUUUGAGUUAGACUUGCAGUUUUCUGAUGAGGAAAAAAGGCUGCUAUUAGAGAAACAAGCUAGUGAAAACACGUGGCAUCAAUUUGUUGAAAAUAAUCUAAUUCUGAAGAUGGGUCCAGUCGAUAAAAGAAAGGGAUUGUUUGCACGCCGGCGUCAGUUGCUGCUCACAGAAGGACCACAUCUGUAUUAUGUUGAUCCUGUUAAUAAAGUCCUAAAAGGAGAGAUUCCUUGGUCACCAGAUUUACGCCCAGAGGCCAAAAACUUCAAAACAUUUUUUGUUCAUACACCUAACCGGACAUACUACCUGAUGGACCCUAGUGGAAAUGCUCAUAAAUGGUGCAAAAAGAUCCAAGAAGUCUGGACACAGAGAUAUCAGAAUCAUCAGAAUACUGGCAUGUAGUCACAUUUCAUUUGCAUGUGUACCAGUCUGUCAAGGAACUUGAUAAGAGCUUUGAGUCACGCACAGGUUCUGCGGUUGUUCAGAUGCCUUCCUUAAACCACCUGUGAUCACACACAGCGCCUCACCAGGAAGGCAUUCAUAUACAUUUUGUUUGUUACAAAAAUGCAAACAUAAAUGGAAUUCAGGGUUGCUUUGCUUGCUCUUCGUGCUUUCGUUGAGGCUUCCACAUGCAUACUGUCAUACAAAGAUCUCGUUUUUUGUGCACUUCAGCUGUGUUCCUCCAACAGAACUAAUGAACAGACUUUGUACUUUUCAUCAUGACACACAUGCACACAUCCAGAAUCCUGUACAGUUCCCAUUAGUCGGGGGCUUUCACUUGUUCAUUAAGCUUUUUGGAGUACUGUUGACUACUCUUGAACUGUUCUUCAUCAGGGAGCUUCUCUGUCGACUACGCUGGUAGAAUGUUUACUUUUGGUUUACUGUUGCUACUUGCAAUAGCAGUUGUCAGUUACAGCCUUGCUUUUAGUCCUACCACAGUACUGAUAGCAGGAUUUUAAUGGUACUUAAUAAUGUACUGAUGUCAGUGCUUCAUCGUAUCCAAGACAGACAGACUUAACACUGUGAACUGAAGGAGCAAGUGUACAGGAGAGAAAAGCGCAGAAUAUAGCACCAGAAUGUCUCACUCAGUAGACACUUUAUCUUGUUUUUUAAGUGGUUCAGUACUGUUUAAUUUUUUUAGAUUUAAGUUUGAAGAUCAGUUUUAAAUUUGAUCUUAAAUGUGAAUAAACUUGUCACCUUUUAGUAAUUGCUAACCAAAUGAAAAUGAAAUAAGAAUAGCUUUUUACUGUAAAAAAAAAAAUCAAGCUUUUUUUCUGUAGGUUUUCUGUAAUAACUUUGUACAGGUCCCCAGAAAGACUUUUUCAUUAAGUAUGUAAGGUACAUAUUGUAACACAUCAAAUUACUGGUUGAAUGUCCUCUAUCAAUGAUGGUUUUAGUUUAAGUACCAUUUCUGUGCAGUUUAUUCGUAUUCAGGCUUACUUGCUAGCACAACCGAACCACUUUCAUGGGACACAUGGUGCUAGCUAGUGCUUUACCAGGUAUAGCAUUUAACCUGGAUGUCUUCUACAUCAAGGAAGGGAGAGCACAUCCUUCUGUUAAUGCCUUUGGUGGUCCCAAGAUCCAUGUGUCAUGAGAAAGAAGCAGCUGCUUUCCUUAAUCACACACCUGAAAAAAGGCAUAGAAAGGCAAUUCAGAAGCAAGAUAUUGAUCCUUUACCAUUCCAGUGCCUCUGCUUUGUGCUGUGCCAGGUCAGUGCCCUCGAGGACUCCAGAGAAUCAAAAUUCUUUGCAGACCUGGCAAAUGCAACACACCCAAGCUGGGUCAUUUUGAUGACUUACUUGGCUUAGAGUCCUUUUAAGUUAGAAAUUUCAGAUGUCUCAUUCCUGUUCUGGAAAAGCUUGUUGCUGCUUGCAGCAGAUAUUGGAAAAUUGAUGGGUUCAGAUAUGGAACAAGUACUACAGGAAUCGGAAGGAUUUAGGUGGUUAGGAGAGCUUUUCAGUUUUAAGGUUAAGGGGUAAUACAGAGAUUAGUCAAGUACAUGCCCUGGCUUUAUAUGUCAAGUAAAUAUCUUUAUUUGACAAAAUAAUGGUACUUAAAAAAUGUCUUUGUGUAUCUUAGCAGCAUGGAUCCAAAAUAGCACUUUGCCCCUCCCCCGCAAAAAGCUGUGCUAUUUGGAAAUUGGUGAUGUCACUUGGUUUUGAAUAGUAAGUCACUUACGCAGUACAAAUAAAACCACUGUACACAUUUUGCAGUUCAGGAUCGUCAUUGUCGGAAGUGUGUUAUUGGGGCACAAACAGGUAGGGAACUUAGAGACAAGAAAUUUCACUCUUGGUGAUGAGAUGCUGAAAUCAUCUUGCCAGACUAGAUGCUGGACUAAUGUAUAUAUAGGUAAUUUGUUUUUUAGGUCUUUCUUAAUUAAGGUCAUAAUACAUGGGUAGAAUGGAACUGCUUCCUUGUGCUUAAUAUUUAUUAAACUUCACAGUUACAGUUUCCUUGUUCACUUUUUUGCUCAUUAGAAUUUUUAACCAUAAGUAAAGCCGUGUUGUUGUAAAUGUUUCUGCAGUUCCAACCAUCAGAACAGUACAUUAAAAGAUAUUUGUUUGCAGAUGCCAAAGUCUGAUAUUGGCACAGACUGACUGACAUCAUGAUUCAUUGGCUUACAACCUUUUUGGUGCUUGUCUUUAGAUUAGUGGAAUCUUACUCAGAAUAUUCUUGAGUCUCCCCUUGGCUGCAUCAGAAACCACCUGACUCAGUCUCCACCUGCUGUCUCUCUUACUUUCCUUGUUCUGAUGCGGAACAGAGUUUGCAUACAAUUCCCUUCCCCUCUGUUGGAUGUGAUGCUUGUUUCAUAAUUUUCUUACUUCUGAUCUUUAAAGGUUUCAGCAUUGACAAGUUAGAAAAAAAAAUGCUAUUGUGGGAAGCAAAUUUCUGUUGCUUACCCCACAGCUUCUGCCUUCUUUGCUUAAGAGAGAUCUGCAGUACCAUUAUAAAAGAGCUGUGCAGUAACAGCAUAAGAAACCCCUGAAAAAAUAUUUUAUAACGAAAGUGAAAAUGGAAAAUUCAUCAAACAUUUUCCAGUGCAACAUAGGCAAAAUGGCAAACACCUGAAGGCAGCUGUAGAAGCCUUUAGAUCUGCUGCGGCUUUCAUCCUCCAGGUGUUUCUUAACCCACUGUGCUUUUGCCACUUUGCAGACCCAUCUGGUUGCUGUUUGACCUGCUGGAAAGCUUUGGAGUUCUCACCCUUUUUUCAUUAGUCCUUGAGGAUCCAGAUACCAGCCACUGUGGAUCCUUGAAGGUUCAUAUUCAGCUUUACCUACUCAUUCCCAUUUCAUAGUGAUCUUUUCUUUCAGCUUUCUUUGGGUUUGUAAGAGGUAUUAAGUGUCUUCCUGAUCUCCUCCAAACCUUUUAUAGUAUUUUUCAGCCUGCUUUUGAGUCUACUUUGUAGAUGCUGUUGAUUGAAAUGUUUUGCUUGGUGCCCUGUAGUGCUUCCUCAUGAUUCACUGUAGUAAUGGCAGCAGGCUUUCUUUUGAAAACUGGUGCAAGCAUUCCAGCCUUGUUUUAAUGGUCUCUGGCCCAAUCUUAACAUUAUUUACCCCAGACAUCAGUUAUCUUGCAGUCCCACUGUAGCCUUAUCAAUUGUCUGUUGUAAUGCAGAAGCCAAUUCUAAUGUCAGCUGUAUCAGUGGUGCAUGUGGCAUUGGCUCAUCUCAGUUUAGCCAGUUUUAGGUCUAUUAUUUUAUCAUUACAUCAACUUACUUGUUGAUGAGACAGCUAUUGGUUUACCUGAAAUCAGUUUCUGUGUUAGAUUAUCCAGAUGCCACCCCCACUACUUUUUUCAGCAGUAUACAUUCAACUUCUGUCUUUGCAGUCUCUACAGGCAUUGUUGGAGAUGUUCAUUAUGUGAUUUCUGUUUCCGCAUUGGAGACAUUUAGACAGCUCUCUCACUGUAUUUCAUACCACACAGCACUGAUGACAAGUUCUCCCCUUCCCAGUCUAAGUAGGCCACCCAAACUGAAAACUGUUUUUUCUCUGUGGGUUUUACAAAGUCCAUGUUAGUGUGUGCAUGGGUGGGUGGGGGGGUGCAGAGCAUGUUAACCUUCCAGACCUGGCAUUGCAUUUUUCCUCAACUGCAUGAUGCAGAGUGGUGAAGAAUAAGGAUCACCUCCCACCAGGAGGAACCACCCCAAGAAUGUGGAUAGGGAGUUCUUAAGGAUCUUCUAGGACAAGUCAGAAAUACUUCACUGACAUGCCAUAUUCUCAUAGAAAGACGCAUGAGGCCUUCAGGGCUCCAGGCCAAGAAUCCUGAGUGGCACCGCUCCUAGUGGAGUUUUUCCAGGAUGCUUUGAAAGAGCUCUGCUGUUACCCAGACACAAAAGCCUCUGUCCCUUGAAAGGCACACAUGGUUUUUCAUCCAGUCAUGGAAUUUGCUUUGAUGCACACUGCUUCAAACUGGAUGUCACAUGUGGGAAGCUGCUCUGAAGCACACUAGACCACAAAAGUCUCUCCUUUCAACAUGCAGACAGGUUGUUGAUCACUUCCAGAAAUGCGUCUUAUGUUCAUUUCCUUAAUCCUGUCCUCCUGGGAAUUGAAUGUUUAUUGUAUGCGACUUACUUUCGAAGUUGGAGUUAUUUGGUAAAGUCUCUGAAGUGGUAAACUAGGUGUUUUGACAGCAACUUGUAUAACAUUCUGAAGAUGCAGGCAGCAGCAGUCUAAUCGCCUAGCUCUUACAUAAGGGUCUAUUAUCACUUGGACAGUGCAGCAAACCAGAUUUGCGAGUAGUUGCAUAGCCAUCCACCAGCACUUUCUUGGCUGUGCCUUACCUUCAGGCUGGUAGAGCAUCUUUCAAUGACUCCGCCAUUUCAUGAGCCACUACUGUCCAGGCCGAGAAUUGACAUCAGUGUGGAAUGAAUAAGGAAAGGCCAGGACCUUUUUGCCACUGGUAAUGGUUUCCAGGCUUCCCAGUACUCCCACCAGCAACAUGGGAGCGAGCAGAGACCUUAAUUAUGUGAGCCUCAACAUAAGCAGCAGCCACAGUAGUCUGGCAGGCAGGAAUGUGAUGACUAGCAGAUGACUACCAACUUUUCUGAGAUUAUUGACACAGUUACAAUGACAAUUGUAACCCUCUUCAGAGAAGUUACCAGCAAUGUUUGACUCCCUGCUUUACCACUUAUUCAGUGGGAAGUCUUCAGAGGCAGAGUUUUCUCACCAAAAUGAGUAGCUUCUCCUUUAGUCUGAUUGAUGGCUUUUAGGCAGGAAGUUUUCCAUGCCAGAGGCCAAAUGCUCAUACGUUUCCUGGAAGUAGGAAUCAUGGUCACUGUCAAAGUCUGUUGACUUUACUGUACCUUACACACUACUGUUUAGACAUUUUUUUGGCAGAGGCAUUUCUCCCACUCCCAGCAUCUGGUUUGUUGUCAGGUUAGACUUUCCACAUCUACUUACCUUCCUCUGUAAAAGUUUUCUGUUCGUAAUGGUAGUAACAAACAAGGGAAGUAUGAGUCUCAUACCCUGUCUAUAGGGAAUUUGUGCUGCUUUAGGAAUGAUCUUUUGCACCAUGGAUUCAACCUGUCAACAGUCUAAACAUCAACAUUGUGUGGGAGUGAAGGGUUUUCUUAUGGCUCACUUCAGGCAGGAAUUUCCCCGCAUUAGGAAUCCUUGUUGACCCAGCUUUUUUUUUUUUUUUUCCUUUUAACUCUUCCUUCCAUUGCCAGUCAUUGCACUGUGCAAGAACUUCUUCACCAUUUUGUGUUUCCCUCUGAAUCAGUUCACGGUCAUUUAAUACUUCUCCCAUUAUCCCUUAUUUCCCUUCCUAUGCCCCAGGUUCAUCAGUCAUCGGCUUUCAUGAUGCUGCUGCCUCCUUUCUGACCUCUUGUUUUUGUGGAUCCCAUCUCCAUUGAGUCAUUAUUCCUAGUCAGUUCCAGGAACUUGUUGCAGCUGAUAAAAAUGCAUCACCCAGUUCUCCGGGCAGCUGCUGCUUCAGCUAAGGGAGCAAUUUCAGAACUUUUUUGAGGGGGAGAUAUACCACUGUCGUAAUUUGGAACAUGAGAAGAAGCCUGAGCUCUUAGAUCCUAUUGCCAAUGUCUCCUCACAGAUACAAAGCUAUGAUGGGUAUUUCACGUAGUUAUUUUUUUAUUGGUGAGUUUUUCCUCUUUCCACUUUGACCCUUAGAGCAGCACCACAUACAAAACAUUAAGUGAUUUAUAGUCUGUUUCAUCUCUGCACCUGAUUUUUGCACUCUUGAUGAAUUGUUUUAUUUUAGUAUUCACAAUUUCCGCUAUAUAGCUUGUGAUCCAUGGAAACAGACUGCCACUGUGGGUCGUUAUUCAUCAAUAAGUGGUCAGCUCAAACAUGAAUGACAGGAAACAUGAAAGUUGCAGCAGAGGUAGUGAGUGAAUGGAGGAGUGAUAACUGCAACAAAGACAUUUAGAGGUUUUCCAGAGUAACUGGUCACAUUGUCUGUCAUUGAACAGACCAUAAACAUUUUUAAGCUUGCAACUAACAAAAGAUGAAUGGAGUCCAUGAAACAUUAAGGAAGCACAGUUUCAUGGUACAGCCAUUGAGUCGUCAGAGAGAGAGCACAAACAACUGGAUGGGCAUCAUGUUAUCAAUAUGGAAACUUAAGUUGUCUCAGUCAAGAUAAAAAUCUUUGUAACUGAACUGUUGAAACUAAUUGAAAUCAGAAACCCCACAAAUUGCUCUCAAAACCCUACAAAACAUUGCACUACAGGUAUUUUUGCAGGAGGAGGCUGGUAUGUGUAUAUGUAUUUAUGUGUGUGCUUGUGUAUGUGUGAUGUAUAUAUGUUUAUAUAUAUAUAUAUAUAUAUAUAUAUGUGUGUGUGUGUGUAUAUAAAUGCACACACACAUACAUAGUUGUAUAUAUAAGUACGUAAACAUAGUCAGUAUAUAGUGAACAGUUUACAUUCAUUCUCUUAUUUCUCUACCCUUCCUGAAAAAAAGUCUUUCAGAAUUUGUUUGCUAAUUUACACAAAAAAAAUGUAGCAGGCUGCAUAGACACCAAAAAUGUCAGUGCCCCCUUGAGGUGUCAGGUGCAGUCUGUCAUUUAUAAGUCAAUAUGAAUCUCUCAUUGGCAGGUGAAGGCAUUUGAUACUUGGCAAAGUUCUUAAGGAAUAAAGAUUCCCCAGAUAUAGUGUCUUUGAUAGUUAUGAGGAAAGUGUAAUAUUGUAGUGUGCCAUAUACAAAACUGUUUUUAUUUCAGUGAACUGUAGUGUUUCUAGUUCACUACAGCAAGUUUAAGCAUGCAGGGUUGGCAGUUUAAUGGCAUUCUCUGGCUGUUUCACAUUUAAAAUGUGUGUAUAUCAGUGGGUUGGGUGGCUGUUAGUGCACCUGUCUGCACACACACAUAACAUGUUUUAUAAUAUCAUGCUACAUCUUUCACUGUAUUGUUUCUCAGCAGAACCAUGCAUGUCCUUGUUGAAAAGAAUGGGGAGUUCCACUCUCCUGACUUUAUCUGAAGGUUUCACUAUAGAAGGUUGAUGAACUCAAGACCUUGUUAUGACUUAGACUGUUGUCAUAGAUGGUGUAUAUGCAGAAUCUACAUGCACAGAUACAUUGCAGAAUGUUUCUGGUGUGUCACUGAUCUGUGUACUUUAAAACUAGUGUUAAUGCAGCCUUCCAUGAUUUCUGUUGAUUUAAACCAUACACAAUUCAUCUGUUAUAGCAACUUAAAAGGUAAAUAGUAAGCCAAGCUUAAAAAACUGAAGAUUAAGUAGUUACUGGCUUUGUAAGUUAGCUGCUGAUCUCUUAAAGUUAAUCUUUGUACAACCUCCUUUCAUGGAAGCCUUUUUGGAUGCUGUCAGACUACCUUUGCUGGACAGAAAGAAUAUGCAUUAAUUGAGACACUUCCUUGUGAAAGCAUCCCAACUGCGGGCUGCUUGUGUGUAUUGAGUGGUGUUAAUGGAAUUAUUGCUCUUGUCUUCAUAAUGCGUGCAUUGCAGUUCUACAUAUUCACUGCUCACCAGUUGCUUUGCGUCUUAGUCUUCAUAAGCAUAUCUUCCUGCAUACAGGCCUGUGUCAGUCAACUGGGAAGUGAUGACGGUGGAAACAAUGCACUUCAAGGUUAAGCUCACUCCCUCUUUUGUUCUUCCAGAAUUUUAAAAGACAUCUCUUAAGAGUGUGAUGAUUUUUUGUGCCAAGGAGCUUCCUGCAAAAAUGGUGAUGUUCAGAGUGUGAAAACUCAUUUAAAGACUCUUUCAAGUUUUAAUGCCGAAGACAUUCCUUUAUGCUGUUGUAGCUUAGCUGUCACAGUUUUACCAUGGAUGUAGUACCGGCAGAAGUUUCUACUGUGCUUACAUGUAGGAAAAGAAUGUUGCUGCAUCACAGCACUUUACUCUACAGUUGGGCUCUUGGCUGUAAUGCCUUUUUUGUGUAGUUUAUAUGCCCGUCCUUUGACCAUGUGGGUUUUCAGUGUUUGUUUCCUCCCACAUCCCAAAGAUGUGCCAUAGAUAAGUGAUUGUCUAUAGGUGUUCUAAACCUUUGUGUGUAUUCUAUUAAAGACUAACAUCCUGUCAAGGAUUAGUUUGUCUGCCUUGUACUCACAGUAGAAAGAUAGGGACCAGCUUCUCCUUGACUCUAAAUUGGAUUAAGUGGCAUUUGGAGAAUACAAAAAAGAAUGUGCUUCAUUCAGCUCUUCAGAAGUUUCAAAAAUGUGUAAGUGAUGGUGUGGAGAAGGCUCAUAUUCAAACAUUUUUGCCCAUCCCUAACACACACCAUGGUUGACUAAAUUAUUAAAUCACAGAAUGGGAAAAACGUAAGGAAUCAAUUUGUCUCAGACAUUGUGAUUAAUGGUUCUUUGUAGACUCAAGCAAUUUUACUGUCCAAAAUAGCCAACCAGAAAUUAAGAUCUUUGCUUGUUUUUUUGUGGGAAUACAUUCAAGCUACUAUAAACAAAGUUUUCUCUAUAUUUUCAACAUUCUAGGUUUCUUCAUUUUCAAAGAAUGCUACCUAAACCGAGUGUAGUUUUGGGGAGGAUUUCUCCUUCUAUAGAUUUAACUUAUAAAUACUUUCUCAGCUUUUUGAGCUAACUGGCUUUUAUACAUAUAGGUUGAGUGUACUGCAUUCCUGGACCUAUACUUCGUCAUGCUGGUCUGUUGAAGAGAGCAAGUCUAUAUAAAGUCUGAUGAUCUGUCAGUGUAUUUGCAGACCUAGAAAUCAUUAUAAAGCCGGAAGGAGAAGCAGUUCUCCAUGAAUAGUAUGCUGUAUCUUACACAGACCCAGGCCGUCAUGAUCCAUCAGAGACUAGGGAAUAUUUUGUUUGUUUAUAUAUGCUUACAAGUAUACACUGUCACAGGUAUGUUUGGGCAUAUUAGGACUGGUUAACCUUUUCAGUCUGCAGUUCAGAGCUGCCUACUGAAGCUAUCAUUAAACUUGUUAGUUUGAUUGUGUUUACUUAUUUUGUGACUUUUUCAGUACCACCAUUCCUUUUGUUUUGCCUUUCAUGUUGUGUAGCCCAGUAUUUUUCCUUAGAAACUGAUUCUGUAAUGUCUUAUGAGCAAGCAUUAGCAUGCCUUUUCCUCCCAGUAUGACUUUAAGGAGAAAGGCCUUCAUUUCCAUGGCCUCUGAUGAGCCGUGCAUUUUGUAUAUUUGUUUUGCAAGGUUUUUUACAAUUCAGCCUCUUUCACUGCUCAUGUAUUGUAUCCAGACCACAGUGUUCCAUAGUUAAAAGUAUAUGCAGACAGCUCAUCAGGUUUUGCCCCCUCUUAUUGUAUCUCUUGGAUGGUGCAGUGGUGUAGCGGUUAGUGCUGUUGCCUCACAACAAGAGGUUCUCCAGUUCGAUUCUUGGCUGGGGUGCCUUCUGUGGGGAGUCUGCAUGUCCUCCCUGCAUUAGUGUAGCUUUCAUCCAGGUGCUCCGGUUUCCUCCCACAUUCCAAAGACGUGCAGUAGGUGAAUUGGACACUCUAAAUUGGCCCUAGGUAUGUGUGCGUGCGAGUGUGUAGUGCACACUCUGAGGAGGGUUGGGCCUCGGGCUAGCAACCCGACCCCGUAAAACCUGUACCUGCUACAGAAACGAGUGCUGAAGGGUGCUCGUUGCCCGAUGUGCUAAAUGCAUGGGAGCGAAUCCAGGGUCUAGGAUUGUCUCUCUUACUGUUUGUAAUGGUAAGAUAGUUAUUUACUGUAUUUAAAUACACUCCUAAACAAUGCUUGUUAAAUGUUAUCCCUGUUUAUCAACUCCAGUUUGCCAUCAAAGCAUUGCCAUUUGAUCUUCCUUAGAAUAAACAGGGUCAGGUACAUGAACCGAAUACAAGUUUUGUGAAUAUCUUUUAAGUAAACCAGUAUUUUAAUGAAAAAUUACUUUUUUUUUUUUCUUGUCCGUGAAGUACUGCUUGCAUUGUAAAGUAGAUGCACCAACUUAUGCUUUUUGGGAUUGUGGCAGUUAAUUGAUGUAGCAAUUUGGUAAUUUAUUGCACAAAUUCAGAACCUUUAAUAUUUUGAGAUGAGUGUAACCAUCGUGUGCACAUGUACUACAACUGUGAUCCUAUCGAUACUGUGGUGGGCCAUAUAAACUGAGGUGGGAUGUACUCCAUGUUCACGGUCUAUCAGAGCACCACUUAAUCCAGUUAUUGACCCAAUUUACUAGAUAUUGCAUUUCCAUCACAGUCCACUUUUGAGAAAACAGAAUGUUGCUGAUGUAAUCAAAAACACUAGAAACUAUAAAAGUAGCCUCUUUCAGAGACCCCCUCCAUCCCCACUCAUACAAAAGCAUUUUUUGAAAAUGUUAUUUCAUUAGUUACUAAUGUUUCCAACCAUGCUGAUGCACACAGCUAUUCCAUUCUUAAUUGUGCUCAGAUUUUAUCAUGUAUUCCUCAUCUUUGUACUUCUCUACCAUAGGGCUGAACCAUCUAAUCUGUAAACUGCAGCUACUCCAGUAUUAUAAAUAUAAACAUGUUUUACCAUUCCUCUCACUCAUUCAUCUUAAAACAACUGAAAACAGUUGCUCUUGAAUCAGUUUGCUAACUUUAGUAAUAAAGAAUGUGGGCUUUUACAGUUCUACUAAAUCACUCUUCAAAACAGGCUUUUGUCAACAGGACCUCAUUUAGUUAGAAAAUGGUAUUUGUCUUUUAUGUUUGUCAAAAUGCACCAGCAUUUUGCUUAUAAUAUGUGCAGUAAUAGGUCUGUCAAGUCAGCUGCAUAGUACUAUAUGAAUGCAGUUUGUGUGAAAUUUGCAUUUGCCCAGUAAUUACAAUUAUUCAUCCUUUACCCUCAGCUUAGUAUAGAUGAUUAUGAUCAGGUGUUUUAUCAUAACCAGCUUGUUGUUCAAGACUUGGAUGUCAAGAGCAACGCCUGAGAGGUGAAUUUUGGCAUUUAUUUUGGGAACAUAUAAAAGGUUAUGAUUAUUUGAAACUGCAUCAUAAUUCUUUGUAGUGCAUGGAGCUUUAUCUGCUCCAUAUGCUCUCCAUGUAGAAUGAGAGGUGUUUUACUAGCUUUCAAAACAUUUGAAUGCCUGUAAAACACUUAAGUGCUGUCAGACAGCAGGCAGAAUCAAAUUUAAUUGUAACCCUCUGUAGAGCUAAUAGUUUUAAAAGCGUUUAGACUUUUCAUUCUACCACAUUUUCUUUUUAAGUGUGGCAGAGUAAAGUUGUAACCGAUUUUAAAAGCUGUUUUACAUUCUGCUGUCAUUCUUUAAUGACUAACACUGUCUGAUAUUAGUCCACAGCAUGAUCUGAUCACAGUGGCCUUUUAGGGGUGCUUAACAAGUAAGGUUUUGUUAAACACUCAUGCUCUAGGAAUGGGUUUAACAAGUAUGCCUUUUUCCAUUUUCUGAGGUUUUUAAUUGAGCUUCAUGCACUGCAUAAAUGUUAUAACUCCAUAGUCGCAGCACCUCAUUAUAAUGGAAAUACCACACCACCAUUACCUUCAUUUUCAUUGAGACAGAGCUUUGGCCACUUGUGCCACAUCACACAUCAUGUGCUGCGUGACUGACCAUCAUGCAGAGCAACUACUCUCAUAUGAAUUUAUAUUUCUUUGUUAAUAAGAAACAGGUCUGUACUACUGAUGGGCUCAGUGUUGACAGCUCUAACCCAUUCUGUUUAAAUGAAGAUUCAGUAAAGAAUUUGUAUUCACAUCGUUGAGAAUUUAGUACAGUAAAAAAGUAGUGGAGACAAAUUGCUACUCAUAAUGCUACUCAUUUAUAUUUUAGACUAAUUUCUGCCAUAUUGCAGUAUAGUUACCUUUAUAGAAAAUGCAGGUAAAAUUUUGAGUCUUGCAAGUAAACAUUAGACUGUUUGAGAAAUUCUCAACUCACAUUAUAGAUCAGAUCUGUGAUAUGUUGGUGUACUCCACAGCAGUAUGCAUUGUGGUUGGCAAGCCUUAAGAAUUAAUGCUGAACUGGUACGCAUUAGACUGAGGUCCCUAGUCGUACAUUCACUGUAACAUUAAGCUGACUAGUUUAUUUUGUAGUCUGAGAGUAGGGCACAUCCAUUUAUAUAUUUAGAAAUUCCUGUAGUUUUAAUUUCCAAAGCUGUGGUACAAUUUCUGUAAGCAUUCUGAAUGCUUGUGAUAAGUCAUACUAGCUGUGCUAGGUUGCCAGUGCUGGUUUUCAUUCUGGCAGAUGACUUAACUGUAGAUUAUAGGAAGAAAUGUGACCUAUUUCAUUACAUUUUUUAAUUGCGCUAACCCUCCUGGUUAUGUCUGUCUGUCCACACAGGACUGUAUAUGUGGAAUGUUAAAAGCCUGUUCAGGUAACCAUUUGAUCAGUUUGCAUCUGUGUUGACCAGAUGUAAAGUAUGAAUGGCAUUUAUGAUUGUGAAUGUCCUUUAAAAGGUGGUGAGUAUAUGGUGUUUGGCUUCAUGCUAGUUAACUCUGUUCUUUUAAGUUGGUAACAGCCAGCGACAGUGUGUUACUACACUUUGCUUAUAGUUGGCUGGAGCUGUGAUGUACAGGCAAAGGAAAUUGAAAAUCAAAGCAAGUAAUGCAAUGAUACUAGGAUACACUUUUGUAUUUUUAUUCUUGUAUAAAAUUAUUUGCUGACUGUUGUUGGCCUCUAGUUCAGUCUGUGUUAUUUAAAUUCUAAUAUAUGAAUUAUUUGGAUUGAAUUCAUGUUUGGGGCCAUGUUGUGUAUGUAUUGAUGUACAGCCUUGAAUUUGAAUAAUUAUUUUAAACUAUAUUUUUCAACUUUUCUGGCUUUAUUCUAUAAAUUUUCUAUUUGGUCAAUGAUUUAAUCAUGUUUCUCAUAAUUUAAUUAAUCUGUUUUCUUUCCAAAUAUUUGUGCUUUAGAUGUAGUUAAUGAUUUUUCCACAUACUGCUUGAUAGUUCUGUAAUAAAAGCAUGUAGGGUUCUAGGUGUA